AUGCCGAGAACGUCCACGCCACCACGCGCUCUGCGAUUGAGGAAGACGGAGGUGGUGGAAGAGGCCUUGGCGAAUAGAGGAUGUCGGCAGUGGUGGGAGAUGAACGGUUGGACAGAGAAUGACGGCGGUAGCAGUGGUAGGCAGGUGGCGGAGACAGAGCCAAAAAUCGAGCAGAUUGCAAUCGUUCUCUCCCUCAUCAUCAAAUUGCACCUUAGCCGGAGGGGAUUUCAAUCGCUGAUAAUCCCAGCGACCCUAUUCUCUCGCCGUCAUGUUGAAAUCUGGAAUUUUUCCUUCGCCGUGGGCGACCCCACCGCCGACGAACAAGCCGAGAUAAAUCCUCGUCGACGACCUUCAACAAGAAACGACGAUCGUCUUUCAUCACCAUCGCCGACCCUCCUCAGCCGCGCGACUCUAUCUCCGCCAACUGCGGGCCGCCGUGAUGAGCAGCGAGUUUCGGUCGUUCGUCCGAUCCUUCGAGCAGUAGCAGUCGGUCACAAGCCGGCGACCUUCGAGAGUAGCGGCUCCUCCGUCGGCCUUCAUUUAGCGGCCGGGACAGCAGCGGCAGCCCUUUCGGGCCCGUGCAAGAAGAAUGGCAGCCGUUCGAGGCUCUUAUCGAGCAGCCAUUUCCCUUCGAACCUCUUGUGA